AUGAACGAAAUUACCAUUCUAUGUUCAAAUUGUAGAUAAUAAAUUGCAGAAUCAAAACAUAUGCUUCAUGAAAUUUAUUGUUUACGCAACAAUAUAAAAUGUUAGAAAUGUGGAUAAUUUUAUGAUAAAAAUGAUCCAGAAAGUCAUGAGGAUGAGUAUCACAAAAAAGAAAAAUGUUAAUAUUGUUUAAUAGAAUUUGAAGGUUUCUUAUACAUUCUAUAAAUAGAUUUGAAAAAACAUAAAUGCUUAAAGAAACAAAAGUAAUGUUUACAUUGCGACCUUUCUUUUCCAUCUGAUUAAUUAUUUUAGCAUGAAAAUUAAUGUGGUAGUAGAACAUAAAAAUGCGAUAUAUGCAAUAAUUAUGUUAUGAUCAAAGAAUACUAAACUCAUAUAAUGACUUGUAUACCUAAACCAAAAGUUGAAUAAUCUUAGAUUUAAAAAAAAUCAACUAGUUAAGAAAUUUUUGAUAAACCCUAUUAUGAUAAACCUAAAAUAGAUGAUAGAAUAGAUCAAUAAAAAUUUAAUAGCAAAAAAGAGAUGCCAUAAUAAAAUUCUCAAUUCCAAGCCUAAGAAAAAUAAUAAGUUUAACAAUAAUAAUAGAUUAAACCUUAAGGUUCUGGAUAUAAAUAUAGUUAUGCAGCUAGAGAAGGCAAAACUUAAUACUAACUUAAAGAUGAAGAUAAAAAUAAUAAAUAACAGGAUGCAUUUAUUAGACCUCCUUCCUCUUAAAAUAAUUAAACUGCUUCUAAAAAUUAGAAUUAGACCUCAACAUAUGGAUCUUAAACAAAAUAAUAAACUAGUUAAACAUUUAAUUAAAGAAAUCAGAAUAACACUUAAAAGGAAGAGAAAACUUAAUUCGAUAAUUAAUACGAUAAAUAAUAGUACAUCAAUAAGUAAUAACAAUAAAUUUAACCACAAACUUAGUAAUAGUAAAAAUAAACUCCUUCUGGAUAGAAAAGUUUAGAGAGCUACUCUUAAACUUAAAGAAAUCAGUAAUAAUCUUCUAAUUAUAAUAAAAAACCUGACUUAAAAAGACCAGAUACAGCUAUAGCAAGAGAGAUUCAAAAAUAAAUGGAAUUAGAAGAAUAAUAUGGAAUAAGUUCAGAAGAGUACCUUCAAUAAUAAUUAUUUAAUUAAUUGUCUUUUGAGGAAAAACAAUAAUAAGCUCCACCAAUUAAGAAAGCGCCUCCUCCCUAACCUGUUAUACCAUCAAGAAAUCCUUAAAAUAUUGACAAUUAAGAAUUUGAUUUUGAAAAUAUUUCUGAAGAAGAAAAACUAAUAUAAUAAUAGAUUAUGGAAAGCUUAAAAUAAAAUUAAAAGAAACGUUGA